CUCCGUGCGACAUCGAAGCGUGGUGAACCGAAACGAAUUCUUCGAGCUGGGUAUCGAGGGACGGGUCCGAGAAUCGAAGUAGGCCCAACGUGCAGCUGGCGUACUGCGCGAGGACGGACGGGGCGGAGGUAAUUGCUGUGUGGCUUGGGUGGGAAUCGAAUUGCAGGCACCAGGCACGAGCCCCGACCGAACCGAACGAGAAUCAUCAAGAUGGCAUCGAACGAAACGGCUUCUUGUCCGAAGCCGUUCCUCUCCGAUCACCUAUACACAGAUGGCGGCUGUAAGUUGGUGGUCCAAAGAGUUGGGCGCGCAUGAAGCAACUGCUGCUGACACUGCACGUAGUUGUGGAAGGCAGACUUUGCAGCGAGAUUGGGGAAUUGAACUGCUGCCUGCCAUGCCCCAUGACCGAUUGGGCGUAUCCAGAUAGUUUCCAGACCAUGGGCACGGCAGCGAACUGGGUGGCGGUCGCAAGCACCAUAUGCUGCGUCUUUCUCCUGAUCUCGUGGGCCGUGCUGCCCGUUGACAAGACGUACAGGCACUACCUGAGCAUCAGUUUGACCGUAGCCGUCAUGUUCAUGAACCUUGGUUUCGUCAUUCCCCUGGCCGGAAAUCCGGAUCAAUGCUUUGACGACAUCACACCACAUUCGAUGCAUACGGCUCCGAUUUGCGCGGCUUCGGGCUUCUUCCUCAUUAUGGGUGGCUGGGGAGGCGUCCUUUGGGUUUUCUUGCGCGCCGUAUCUCUGCACCUUCAGAUCUGCUGGCAACUGGUUGUGGGGCGCAAUUUCAUGUGGUUCUCGCAGGUCGCUGGCUGGGGCAUUCCCGUCCUUGGUGUUACCCUCGCCUUUGUUUUCAGCGGCGUCUCGUUCCGGUUCGGCGAAACGUGCCAUAUCAACCACAAGAACAGUCUCGCCGAUCUCUGGAUCCCCCUGUUGGUCUUUGCCGGCUUGACUAUCAUCAUCCAAUUCGCCACCUUCGGCUACUGCAUCAAGGUCUAUCUCGCCUCGCUCUCCGACAACAGCGCCUCGACCGAAGGCUCCGGCAUGCCUUCGUACACCAACAGCAUCCGGACCAUGACACCAAAACAGGCCUAUCGCCGUGUGCGCCGCGUCAUUGCUCUCCAAUGGAGAGGCAUUACUAUCGUUCUCAUCAUCAUCGCCGACGUCAUCUUCUUCUCGGUCGUCUUCGUUUUUCAGGACAACACGAUCGAAACUGUGAAGCAGAAUUCGAAUCUUGUGCGUCCCUGGGCCGGGUGCUUGAUUACCAAUGGUGGUAACAAGGUGCCGUGUCUGGAUCAAGCUAGCAUGCUCCGUGUCAACAUGCCGACAGUCGGCGCCGUUCUCUUUCUACUAGGGAUGAACGGCAUUUGGCUCCUCCUCCUCCUCGGCCGCUGGUCCAUGGCUACUGGCUGGCUUGACAUGUGCACCUCGGUUCCCAACCGGAACAAGAGGGAGUUUGUCUCAGUCGAUGCGCGGCUGGACGAUCUCAAAAAAGACACACGUUCGUACGAGAUGCUCUCCCGGGACACCGGGAAGACCAUGGACGAUUCAGUAACACCCUCCGUAGUGACUCCCAUUUCUCCGACGCACGCGAGGACGCUGGCGGGGAGUCCGGUCAAUCACGAUUAUAUUCACAUGCCCAACAGCGAUGGGCGCCGGACUCCUGACUACUUUGGGAAUACCGCCCGGUACCAUACCCCUGCGAGAUCGUUUUCGAGCCCACGCCCGCCCCAGACGGUACACUGGGACGCCCGAGAAACCUACGCGAGGCCGACGUCGCCAUAUUCGCAGCAGGAUCGAUAUGUCAACCCCCUGGGCAUGAACAGGAUAUGACCGUUAUGACGACACGCGAAAAUUAUCGGAUUUUUUUUUCCUUUUUCCGUUGCCCAAUUCGAACCCGGCAACGGGCCACCGACGCAUUUUCCACCAUAAAGGUGUUCGAGUCACGCACUUCGACGACCACCAAGCCUCGAUCCGCCAUUGUACAUAGGACGACGUCCGAUCAAGGGCGAGUAUUCGCGGCGGCUGAGGG